AUGGGGCCCCCACACUUCCUCCUCGUAGAUCUCAGGAACGCCUGUGGGCGCCCAUCGCCCACACUCUGGCCCCGUUCCUUCUUGCUGCCCCUGACAAGUGUCAUUAUGUCUUCCUGUCAGAAGUGCUGGCGCUGCAUGCUUGAGGAAGGACUUCAGAACCAAAGUGAGGUACAGAGCCUGGUGAGUGUGAAAGUUUCCGUGGCUGUGGAGGAGGAAGCCGUCUCCUCAUCAUCGUCUUCCUUCUCCUUCACUUCUGUGAUCCCGAGCACCCCCGAGCAGUUGGCUGUUGCUGGGACACCAAGUCCUUAUCUGAGUCCUCAGGGAGGCUGCUCCUUCCCUACUGCCAUCGCAGCCACUCCAUCAAGCAUUUCAGAUGAGGGCUCCAGCAGCCAAGAAAAGCAGAGUCCCAGCACCACGCAGGCCCCACCAGACACUAAACACUUGCCUAGAGACCCGCUAGACGAGAAGAUGACUGAUUUGGUGUAGGUCCUGCUCCUCAAGUACCAAACCAAGGAGCCAUUCACAAAGGCAGAAAUGCUGAAUACUAUAGCCAUCAAAAAGUACCAGGACCACUUCCCUGUGAUCUUCAGGGAAGCCUCAGAGUACACACAGCUGGUCUUUGGAAUCGAUGUAAAGGAAGUGAACUCCACCAGCCACUCCUAUGUCCUCGUCAACACACUAGGCCUCACCUAUGAUGGGAUGCUGCGUGGUGACCAAGGCGUGCCCAAGACAGGCCUCAUGAUCAUUAUUCUAUGAAAGAUCUUCUUGGAGGGCCACUGUGUCCCUGAGGAGGACGUCUGGGAAGCUCUGAGUGUGAUGGGCAUGUAUGCUGGGAGGGAGCACUUUAUAUAUGGUGUCAUGGAAUGA